AUGCAAAAUUCCUCAGACCCCCACCCAGCGUUUUUCACCCUGGGAUACGGGCAGCUUACAUCCAUACGGUACUUCUACUGCCUAUUGGUGUCGGUGGGAUUCUUGCUGAACGUUGUGCCCAAUAGUCUCAUUAUCGUCGCUGUGAUUAUACACAAAACAUUACAUGAACCAGUUUAUAUAUUUAUUAGCGCUUUGUGCUUAAAUGGAAUUUUGGAAAGUGUUUACUUUUACCCCGGUAUUUUUGCCGCCUUGUUCUACAAAGUCCAGACAAUCUCCUACUCGUUUUGCUUGCUGCAGGCAUUUCUAGUACAUCUCUAUGGCUGCUUUGAGAUGACCACACUAACGGCGAUGGCGUUUGACCGCUACGUGUGCAUCUGUAACCCUCUGAGAUACAACAACAUUAUGCUCCUCUCAAAUGUGUACAAGAUACUCGCAGGCAGUUGGACUUAUUCCAUUGUAGCCUUUGGAACUCAUGUGUUAUUGACAUAUAGACUCCCUUUGUGUGGAUCAGAAAUAUUAAAGAUCUACUGUGAUAACUGGUCAAUAGUCAGACUUUCUUGCAUUGAUACCACCAUCAAUAACAUCUAUGGACUUUUUAUUGUCUCUACAUUUGUCUGUUUGCUCUUAAUGUUAAUAAUGUACUCCUAUAUAGAGAUACUCAGGGUUUGUGCAAGAUCUUCCCAAGCUGUCAUUGCUAAAGCCCUACAGACCUGCACUCCCCAGCUCAUAACCACCUUCAACUUAAUAACUGCUUCAGGUUUUGAUAUAUUCCUCUAUAGAUAUAUCCCUACUAUUGUUCCUUAUGAGUUCCGUCUUUUCAUGUCAUUGGAAUUCCUUGUGGUGUCUCCCAUUCUGAAUGCUUUUGUUUAUGGGCUAAAAAUGUCAGAGUUGAGAGCAAAGAUAUUUCAACCAUUUAAAUUCCAGGGGACACCUUAA